AAAUUUGUAUAAAGAAUUAUAAAUUUGCUUAAAACGUUUUAUUUAAAAUCUGAUCUAUUAUAAUUAUAAUAACAAUGGUGAAAUAUUGCGCUUUAAAAAACUGUAAAAAUAUAUGGAAUCCAUUAAUGGAUAUUGGAUUUCAUAGAAUGCCUACUACAAAUGAGGAACUUCUUGCAAAGUGGCUUAAGAACAUUCCCAAACAUUUAUUGCCGAAAUGGACAAAGAAUUCUCACAUUUGUAGUAAACAUUUCAAAAAGCAUUGUUAUGAAAUAGGUUGCCUCGUUCGCAGGAAACUUAAAAGUGAUGCUGUACCUACUAUUUUUAAAAGUUCAGAUGAACCUGAUGAUGAUACUGAUAGUUCUACAAAUGAAACAAAUUUAAGUUCAUCGCAGCAACUUGUUGAUAGUGGUCAGCCCAUAAGUUUCUGUAACGACGCUAGAUGUAUCAAGUGCCCUAAGAAUAUUCCAGAUUUAAGAACGGUACGCAAAAUUAAUGCUGCAGUACAAGUUGAAAAUCGGUAUUUACCUGUGUCACCUGACAAGUCAAAACUUAAGAGAGACGUAAGAGUAUUGCAACAACGUUUAAGACGAAGAGACGAAGCUCUUACUUCCUUGAAAUUAUUAGUAGCCCAACUCAAAAUGUACAAACGCAUUAAAGAAAAAAAGCCUGAUGAAUAAUUUCUCAAAAACAUUAUCCAAAAAUAUUGAGUAUAACCGCCCCAAUAUAAAUUACAGAGAAUAUUAUAAUUAUUGUAUUGUGUUAUGUACGGAUCAAAGGAUGAUUCAAGAAAUACCUGAUGUAAUGAAGGAAUGAAAUAUUUUUGGGCAAAACAUUUUUUUUCCACAGAUAUGCAGGUGUUGGUCUGAUGAAAAGCAUUUUUUGUCAAGUCAAAUUUUUCUUUUGAGUUCGUUAAUUAUUCUAAUAAAUUGACAUAAUACUCGU